CACUGCAACCGCACCUGGGAUGGUAUUAUGUGCUGGCCAGAUACACUUGCGAAUACUGUACACAAGCAGGCUUGCCCGAGUUACCUCACCGAUACUACCACAAGGGAUGAUAUGAUGGCGUCCAAGCGUUGCGAAGCAGACGGAACGUGGUAUCUUUCUGAAAACAACGACACAUGGACCAACUACACAAUGUGCAAGGCGGAAGAUAAAGACAAUAGCAUUGACGAGAAGAUUUAUCAGUCUCUCCAGAUCGUAUACAGUAUCGGAUACUCUCUAUCUUUAGUUUCGCUCGUCAUUGCCAUGGGAAUAUUCCUUUACUUCAGGAAGCUAAGAUGUACCCGUAACAUGAUCCACAUGCAUCUCUUCAUGUCCUUCAUUCUUCGCGCCAUCUUCGUCUUCAUCCGGGACAUCAUCCAGGCACAGAACGAAGCAGCAUUGCUUAAAGCCGAACUUCAAGACUCGGAAAUAGGAGACGCAGAAAACUCUACACUCUCUCAACCGAAUUACCAGAAUCCCGGAUGCAAGGUAGCCUUUACCCUGAUCCAAUAUUUUCUGGUUGCGAAUUUCUACUGGCUUCUCGUAGAGGGCGUCUAUCUUCACUCCUUGAUCACCUUGGCAGUGUUUUCCGAGAAGUCAAUCUACAGAUACAUUGCACUUGGUUGGGGUUGCCCUGCAUUCGUGGUGGUCCCUUGGGCGAUAGUGCGAUCGUUUAAAGAAUCGUCAGGGUGCUGGUGGAAUGAUGUGACACGGGAUUCGAGCUACUGGAUCAUUAAGGCCCCUGUCAUGAUUUCCGUUAUUGUAAAUUUCGUCUUGUUUCUCCACAUACUAUGUGUAUUGGCGACCAAGCUGAGGGCGAGCAAUGCAGCUGAGGCAAGAACGUACAGUAAACUAGCCAAAUCAACGCUGAUUUUGAUUCCUCUAUUUGGAGUGUACUACAUCAUCACAGUCGGUAUGCACGCAUCCAACGAUACAACAAUGGUCUACAUCAGAAUGUACUUUGAACUCAUCCUUUCACCAUUUCAGGGUUUUCUCCUAGCGAUCCUUUACUGUUUCAUGAAUGGAGAAGUGAAAAAUGAGAUAAAGCGAAAAUGGCGGCUGCACUUGUUGAACAGAACUCUGAGCACCCAUAGAACAUUACGCAGCUGUCAGUCACGGUCGUCGUGCUCGACACCGCCCAGGAAAGAUUCGAUGAAGAACCAUUCCGUCUUCGAAACCAGCAUCGGGCGCUCGACGUUCGGCGAACGAUUCAUCGCGUUGAAAAAACAAUUCUCGCGGGGCGAUUCGUCAAACGGUCACGUGGGCAACGGUUCCCUUGGCAACAGUAUCGUGAUACCGGAUCCAUCCGAACCGAGGCCAAACCCGGACGGUGCUGCGGACCGGAGUAACCUUUACGACCACCAUCCACCUGACUUCGAUGAACACGAGAACGACGUCGAAGUGAAUGAGAAAACCAAGAUUGACAUCAAAAUCGAGGAAGCUUCGGAUGACACACCGAACAGUGACCACGACGAGAGGGUCGAUAUGGAGAAUGAAACGGAAGAAAAAAGUGAUGUUUUUGAGGACGACGAGGAGGAGUGUGAUAUGACUUGUUCCGAUGGACAUACUAAACAUGGCGUCAGUGAUGGUGAAUCAAGACAAACAUUCAGUAACAUUGAAACUGAAGUAUGAAAUCAAUGCCUGGAAUCACCUUUGUACAAAUAUGAUUGAACUUUCGUCAUCGUUUCUCGUGAUAACAAAAAAGAUCUUUCAUUACAUUUUUCAAAAUAUUGAUACAGUUAAACGUACUUGUUUUGUAGUCAACGCUUUUACAUAUUUAUUUUUCUUAACUGUUCAUAAUCAAGCGUUGUUUAUUGUUUUCAGGAUUCGAACAAAAUCUCUAUUUUCACGACCAAACAGUGGCUAGAACAAAGUGAUAGUAGAACAACUUGGUUCAACCAUUUGGUUAGACGAUCACUCUGUGGAAAAGGAGCUCGAGGUCACUGUGGCCUGAAAAUAGUUAAGACGCCCUCUGUGGACUUAACUCCAUGCUCGUCACACUAACUGGGCGUUGUGGCGUGCGCCUGUAAUCCAAGCUGUGGGGAAGUUACAAAUUGAUGCAGAGGUUCGAGCCCUGGUCACGUCUUUCGGAUGGUGACGUUAAAGGUCGGUCCCAGACGUAAGUAAUCAUAUCUGAUUGAUGCACGUCUGACAAAACUCAAAUACACACACACACACUGCAUUGCCAGUGCAGUGAACCUUAUAUUCAAGUAGGCCUAUAGAGUCGGGGUCGCGAAACCGGGGAGGGAGGGGAGGGGUGGCUGAAGAGGCUUAAGCCCCUCCCUACUUUUUUAGUUAACGUUUACAAAAGCAUCAAAUUACCAUGUUACUGUGAUUUCUGUAUGAUCAACUCCGCCCCUUUCGUCCCAGCCACCCUCAUAUUCAUGGGCCCGUAUCAGAAAGGGUUCCGUUUGAACGCGAGUCAAACUAUCGAGUGCAAAUUCCAAUGGGCACGGUUGAUUCG